GAGGGACGGAGCAGUUUCACAUCACAGCUGUGCCGCUGUCGGGAGGCUGUGUCUUCAGCCUGCUCAUGGAUCACCUGUGGAAGAUGCUGCCUGUGUUUGUGGUCUGUGCAGAGGCCCUGAACGUGACGGAGGUACAGGUGCAGCUUGGUCACAGCAUCACUUUGACCUGCUCUGAGAACAGCUCAGACCUGUACUGGUACGCACAGAUCCACGGUCAGCUCGGCGGAUUCAUCGGUCGCACUUUUUCUGGAAAGUAUGGGCUUAGCUGUUCUCCAAAUUAUUCAAGCAAAUACCUUCUCCAGCGAAACACUCUGGAGAUCAAAAACAUCAUAGCGGACGAUUGCAGACUUUACUUCUGUGGCAAGAAGAAGAACAGCAACAUCAUUUAUCUGGACACUUUCCUCCUGGUCUCAGACCGGAAACAGGAGCAGUACACCUGGACCAUGAUGCAGAGUAACCCCGUCAUGUUCGGCUCCCUCACCCUGAAUGCUUUAUUCAUCUUAGUGACAAUAGGUCUGGGGUCUACGUCACUGUGUUUCAAGAAGAAGACUAGAGACGUCCAGGUGAACGGCCCAUCACCUGUCACGUAUGAUAACACAGCGACUCUGGAGACACCGCAGUAUGAGGAGAUCCAGUUCACCUCCUCUACAGUCCGUCCAGAUGUUCCUCCUCUGGAGUGUGUUUACUACAAAGCUCAGCUUCCUCGCUCCCCGCUGCCUCAACAUUGACAGAGCAGGACACCUGGUUGGUACCUGUACAGCUGGUAUAUUCACCUGUAGUAUUUACAUUUGACAGUUGGAUCAAAGACAUUUGUUCCUUAUUUUUUGCUUUUUUGUUUUUUACUUAUGCUCUGCAGUCUGGAUAUGUACUGUUGACAAAUGAUUAAUAGAUAUCUCUUCAUAUAAUCUUUGUAUAUAUUCUUAAUAUAUAAGAAACAUCUCUCCCUGUCAUGGAAAAACAACACUGUAAAUAUAGAAAAUAAAAUGUUUUUCUA